CGAUUACCUCUUGAGCGUAUUCUCAGCCCUGCCACCCGACUUGCAGCUGGACACAGUCUUUCAACAGAAUCUGGUCUCCUUCACGCAAGAAAUCGACGGCUUCACCGCGAAAGUAAAAGAGAUGGGCAUACGGAUGGGUCAAGGAAGAGUGCAGCAUGCCUGGGAGAGAGUCAAAUGGCUCGCCUCAGAUCGUGACUUGAAGAGAUUUAAUCAGUCUCUGGACCACUGGGAUAGGGUCUUUGCAGCCGCUGCGGCUGCUGCGCAACUCUCCAUGUCGAUACGAAUUCUCGAGCACACCACCAAACUUACCGAGCGUCACACGAUUGCAUCAGGAGAUGCCGCACCUGCUGGACAGGCUUUGGUACGUCCAACACAAGACCCAAGCAGCGUCACAGGUACUCUCCAAGCGCCUAGCAGCUUAAUGCCUGGACGCUUAAGCAUGUUCCUCUCAACACUCCGCGACCCAGUCGAUCUAAGGAUUCAGGAGCGCUUCGAAUAUCUUGGGGAUACGAUGACAGCGAUUGUCCAGGGUGGCCCAGUAAUGGUUCGCAGUUGGUCAAACACUGGGCAGGACACUUAUUCUUUGAUGCCAGCGGCAGAAGCCUACGGUCUUGCCUUCGCAUUCCAGAUUACGCGACUGUUACCUGGACGACUGUCCCUCAAGAUACUCGCGAUGUAUUCUACCUCCAGCAUGUUCUCAAUAGAUGUAAAAUGGAGAUUGAACUUUGUGGGACUGCUUCGGUUCAAUAGCUCAGCUUAUCAUGCGGCGGCGACAGGGAAUUGGCUGUUCUUGAGGGACUUGCUGGUUAACAAGGAGAUCAGAAUUACACAUCGAACAAUAUAUGGUGACACCCUGCUACAUGUGAGUCAUCAGGUUUUGGUGAUGAGAUAUGGCUGGCUCACUAUUCUUAGAUUGGCACAAAGUAUGGCCAUAUUGAGAUCGUCAGAGAGCUUCUCCUCGCUGGAGCAGAUGUCAAUGCAACUAACGACGAAGGCGAUACACCACUGCACACUGCUGUCAAAACGACAUGCAACUACGAAAUCAUUCGACUGCUUCUCAAACAUGGGUCCAACUUACAUCACCAAAACCGCCAAGGACGUACGCCCCUACACUGCUAUUACAACACGACGCUACAGGAAACUAUACGAUACUGUCGAGAUGAUAUCGAUAAUACGACGCAAGACUACCUUGGCAUGACCGUUGCGCACUAUGCCGCGUACAGCAAAUCCUCCACAGCAGAAGAUAUCGCUAUCUGUUUGAAGGACAUUUCCAAUCCCUUCGCCGCCCGCGACAGCGAUGGCAGGACUGUCCUACAUCUUGCCCUUCAGAGAGGCAACAUCGCCCUCAUAGAAUACAUCCUCGGU